UAUAACAACAGGGCAUCAGCUCACUAUCACUUGGGUAAAUAUCAUAUUCAUAUUUACGCAUUGUCAACAUAGCACUAAAUUCCGUAUCCAACAUUCUAUUCUCUAAUUUGUAUCCCAGCCCUUCUUCGUUAAGACACUUCUGGAAUCUCUAUGUAACUCGGUCUCUAUUGCCCCAUUGAUGAAUCAGGGUAAAGUCUUAGGUGGGCGAACUUUUUAAAGCUUAAGAAAGUAACAGAGGGGAAGAGGGGUGGGUUCUCGAUAGACCUCGAUAACAUCGUCUCAAAGCAGAUAGUGCCUGGUCUCUUGAUUUACGUGUUCAUUGAUAGUUCAAUUCACGCAUGCAUCUUCCCGUUCCACCGAUGUAUACUGCAUUCGCAAGAAAUCUUAUAAAAUACUCAAUGUUGCUUCCUUGGGUUACUUAAAGAUCCUUAGAUCGCACAGCAUGUUCAGUGUCGUGUCGAAUAUGAAUACAGCCCGGGUGUACGCAUCGUUUAAAUACAAAACAGGCAAUGCCCCUCAAUUAAGAGACCCCUGGAUAAAGCAUAAAUUUUAAGUGCUGAUUUUUUUCGAGCUGAUAGGGCAAUUCUUUCUAAUCUACUUGAGGAUUAUUCUUUUUAAUUAAUGAGUAAUAAGAAAAAAUUCUUGACAGAGAUGUGAUGGCGAACGUUGAGCCUGCUCAGUACCUUAGAAAGAUGAUUUGUCAAUUAGUGACACAGGCAGCUCAGAGGGAAAAAUCCGUGUACUCCCAAUACUCCCUGUGUCACUGAUUGUAAAAUUAUCGUUCUCAUGUAUUCAACAGGCUCCAAAUUCACCAUCACAUCUGUAUCAUUGCGCAUAAGUACAUAUCAACAUUCUUGACCUAGCAGUAUGCAGGUUAUUUGUCACUUUAACCUUGUACAGUAGUGGCCUUAGCUCCCACUAGUCUCUUGUAGCUUAGUCGUAGAGCAUCUGGACUAGCAGACAGAAGGUCAUAGCUUCGAAUCCUAUUGGACCACCUGCGUCACUGAUUGAAAAGCCAUCUUUCUCAAAAAACUCUUUUUCAGAGAAUUACCAUGAUUGUCUGAGUGACGUAAAAGCUGCGACAGCACUACAGCCGUCUUAUCUAAAGGCGAUUAUCAGAGGUAAAAAUAAAUUGCAGUAGAAAACCUUUUCCUCCAUUUAAUCAUUUCAAAUGAGUCGACUUUUUUUCCCUAGGGGCGAAGACCUGUUUAAAGUUGAAGCAGCUCGAAGAAGCCAUCAUCUGGUGUGAUAAAGGAAUAACCGUAUCCUUUCUAUGUUAUCGUCUUCACAGACCUUCUUUUUCUCUUUUUUGACAUCUUAGUGUGCGCGUACGAAAAGAAAAGCCGCAGGGGAUUUAUUAAGCCGCAACGCACUGUAUAAAUUACUCAAAAAGAAGGAAGGAAAAAGCGUGUGCGGACAGACUAUCUUUAAUUAGAAGACCAAAGACAAAUCCCUGACCGCACAGAUUAUUACCUCCUUUACUUUUACUAGGCCAAUGUCUCUUUUUUUAUGUUUUAGUAAAUUAAGCUUGAAUCGAUAAAAUUUGUUUAAAUAUUAAGUGAAUUUUUGGUGUCGUGUUCUGACGUCUCACACAAAGAGUAGCGUACAAAAUGGAUUAUCGAACCAUUUUAAAAUACAGCUCAACUGAUGCUGCUGCUACUCAAUCGUGUCAUUCCUGCCACUGCCGUCAGCCUAGUUUAAGGUAAAAGCACAUUAUUUUCUCUCCUCUUAACUCUUGCAAGGUUGACAAGGACAAUAAGGAUCUGUUGGAGAUAAAGACUUGUUCUGUCAUAGAACGCGAAAAGAUUUUAACACAGGAAGGCAAU